AUGGAGAAUUUGGGGAAGAAAUCUGUGGAUCAACCCGAUGCCAGGUCAGCUGAUUGUUUAGGAUCUGGUGCCAUAAUAUCCACUUCAACAGAGAAUGAACAAGAUUGUGGAAUAUCCAGUUUUUGUGUAAACGAAGGUUCUGUUGAAAGUGCUUCGAAUGUGUUUAUGGAAGAUAGUAAUAGUGCAAAUUCUGUGGAUGAUUCCUAUUUGAGCUCUUCAAAUGUGAAUUAUUCGGAAUUCGAUGAAUUUCCUUUGGAGUCCAUGCUCAGUUUGGAUCAUACGAAGGAAGAUAAUUUAUCAGAAAUUGGGGAUUUAAGAGAUGCUCUGUCGGUCGUAUACUACCAGUAUCUCUCGAUGAGGUUGAAACUCCAGGGUGUGUGUGAUAACUUAAAGUGUCAUGCUUCAGAGAGCGAGGUGGUUCAAUCUGCAGUGGCUGAAAUUGAGGACAUUCUGCAUGCUCCCUCUGUCCUUCCAAGUGCCAUUUUCCCUGAGACACAAAGCGAUUUUUCGCCGCUUCCAAAGACAGAGAACAACUCACCACCCAGUCCUCCCGCAUCCGCCGCGCCUCCCUCAUCGGUUCCUAUCGAAUCCGAAAUCACCUCGGAGAGUUCGAUGCAAGAAGCAGUGGACGAUCUGGAGCGCGCAGUCACCUACAACGGCGUGCUAGUGGACUCUCUGAAAGACCUGCAGUUGCUUUCCUCCUCCUAUGAAGACGAUCUUCGCCAGCGUCUCCAGAUCCUCUACACAAACAACGUGCUGUUGACGUCGAUCAUCGACAGUAACAACACGCACACGUUCGAAAUGUCCUCUCUGCUCUCCCAGAAAUCGAGCGAAGUGCUAUCGCUGCAGGACGAGCUCGCGGAGACGCGCUCGGAGCUGACUUCGCUCUCCGCGCAGUUCUCAAAGACAUCGGAAGACGAAGUGGAGUCGCGAAGAAAGAUCGCCUGGCUCGAAGAACUCACGAAUUCUUUGCGGUUGGAGGUCGAUUCGUCCUCGAAGCAAUGCGAAGAGGACAACCAGAAGCGAAUCGACGCGCUUACCAAAACCAAUCUGUCAUUGCAACAAGAAAUUCGCAGACUGCGUGCAGGCGUGCUGAUUUCGACAGCCGCUGGAGAGUUCAGCUCUGCAAACCCGAAUGCGAUCAUCGCUUGCAUUCAAGGGCUUACAUCCAGAGUGGCUCUCGCGGAAGCCAAAGUGGAGACGGCUGAGAGGCGUUAUCGCGUAAACAAACUACGAGAAGAGGAAACAGCGGUGGGGAAGCUUCGCAACGAGCUUCAAGUGGCACAUCGCUGUCUCUCGGAGAAAGAGAGUCUUCUUCGUGAGUACAAAGUGAAGCUUGGAAAGAUGAAGCAGAAUGAAGCGUCCUAUAAAAAGAUCGUAUCUGAGUUGCGAGUUCGCUUACAACAACGACAGAGCGAGUUAAAAGAGAUAUACGCAUUUCUUCAAGGCCAGGUGUAG